CCCACCCAUCCCCAAGCCUAGGUCCCGGGCUACGCGGCUCGGAGGACUCUCGCCCCGCCGCCCGCGCCUCCGCCGCUGCCGAAAUGUCUACAGGUGCAGCUGCAGGUUCGAGCGCUGCUGCCGGCAGCAGAAGACUUCAGCAGACACAGAACCAAGUAGAUGAGGUGGUGGACAUAAUGAGAGUCAACGUGGACAAGGUGUUAGAAAGAGACCAGAAGCUCUCCGAGCUAGAUGACCGUGCGGACGCACUGCAGGCUGGAGCCUCUCAGUUUGAAACCAGUGCUGCGAAGUUGAAGAGGAAAUAUUGGUGGAAGAAUUGCAAGAUGUGGGCGAUAGGGAUCAGCGUUCUGGUCUUCAUCAUCAUCAUCAUCAUUGUGUGGAUCGUCAGUUCCUGAAGGGCCGGCGAGCCCGAAGCCGCUCUUCAGGAGAACUCUUCGAGACUUUGGACUUAGAACUUGCUGUAUUAUGAAGCCUCCCUACUGUUUUUUAUCUAAAAUAAUUAUUUUUUGUUCGUGUAAAGUUCAAUUUCUAGGAAAUGUGCCUUUGGUCUCUAAUACGCACUCCAAGCUAGAAGUGGGCCAGCCCACCUGCAUUUUACAUAGCGGCCUCACAGGUCUAAGCUGAUAAAGACCUCCCAAGCCCCAGAGGCUACUCCUCUAGACCCAACUUUGUCACUAAUUCACGGCCCCUGGCUCUCACUAAGGGAACUUGUGUGAAGUUGGCUAUCCCUGUCAUAUGGCACUAUCCUUAGGUCUACCUUUUCAACCUUGAGUAAUCACACUUCCAGUUUGUACCUUCAGAAAGAACACUACCGCCUAACACAAACCUGUGACAGUAACAGGUGUGCCUUACUUUGAUACUUUUCUGGUUGCCUAUAAGAAACCUCUACUUUUUGUAAGCAAGACUGACUCUUCUGCUGUGUCUAAAGACAUGCUAAGAGCUUGGCUCUUCCUGAGGCGUGAAGAUAUUUCCUUGUUACUGUUAAGUGCCACUUGCUACAGUUACCAGUCAGAAUAGUAGCCAUUUAACAAAGCUUUUAUAGUGCUGACGCUAAGACCAAAGUUUAUUUUGCCAAAAUGUUAAAAAUGAAUAAAAUUGCCUUAAGUCUGUUCCUGACAGAUAAAUUCAGGAAAGUGCCAAGUGGACCGUAAAGUGCCCUUCAGAACUCAAAUGGUCAUUCGGUGUGCGCGCCUCCUGCAGCCUGGCGAGCCUGUCCUGCCUUGGAAGGCACAGAUGUGCGGCUCCCCUCUGAUGCCACCUCCCCCCGGGUCGAAGGGUUGAGCUGGAUUCUGGCGUGCUAGCGACAGAUGUCAGCGUGGGCUCUGAUGUGUUUCUAGUGAUUACGGGAGCAGCAGUUUGUAGCCUUCAAGGCCAUCUGUGCAUUGACCUCAUAGAUGACAGCUGUGGGAGUUCGUGUGCCAUGUGCAUUCGUAUUCCACAUCCUACAGCAGUCCUGCGAGGUGUGCUUGCACACGGGCUGUGGACAGGUGGAGGGCCCUUGGCACCAGCAGAGCCCACCAGAGCCACUUUGUUUCUUCAGCGUCUUAAGCACAGGAUGCUGCUUUGGGUGUAACUGCUGCCACCAAGAGACGUGUGUGUACUGAGACUUCCAGCGCGAGGGCAUGUGGCUGAAAGAGGGGAGGAGGCACUGGGGGAGAGACUGGGGCCUUGUCACCCUGCCUGCCACCAGAACGUCCUCCCGUUCUUGGGACUUACAGAGCAACCACAGCUGAGGUUGCCCCGAACACCACUGCAAUGCUGCCAAGAAACAAGCAGCUGUGAGGGUCAGGGCGUCCGCCCAGCCUCCGUGGGGGGGCUCAGACCUCGGUGCUGUCCCCCCGGUGUCAGGGUCAGGGCAUCCGCCCAGCCUCCACGUGGGGGCUUCUGGCCAUGUCUGGCUCAAACCUCGGUGCUCUCUGCCCGGUCCCAUGUAACCCACUGGCUCCUGCAUUAACCCAGGAAUACCUCACUCCUCUCUGCAUUUAGCUGGGAACUUGCCCACUAUGAUGCUCUGAAUAAAGUGUUUAUAAACAUG